AUGGCGAGAGGGCUGCCAACGGCAAAGACGAGGAAACCGCUGCCCGUGCUGCCGAACGAGCUGCUUAUGCUCGUCUUCCGCAUGGCCGACCGCGCCACGCUCAACGCGGUAGCGCUCGUUUCACGGGCCUUCCAUGAACUCAGCAUGGAGGCACAUGUCACCGCGCUCGCAUGGAAGUCGCAGGCCCUUGCAGAGUCCAAUAUUGUGUUCUGGCGCCGGCACAACCAUGCAGUCAAGUUGACGCAUGUUAAGCGGCUGGCGCUUUGCUUUGGCCGGAGGCGCGAUAUACCUGAGCACACUACGGCUGCUAUCUGUAAUUUUAUCCCGUCAUUCACACACCUUCAAUCGUUGUUCAUGGUUUCGACUGCGCUCCCGGAUGAUUUCUUCUUCGUUCUGGCGCGUCUCGAGCGGCUGACGGCACUAACUUUAUCUUCGUGCGCUAUUCCUGAAAUCUCAAAUACACCUCAUAUUCUCCCCGCGGUCACCUCGCUCAGGCUUUCUUAUCCUGUGGACAAACUCACUGGGAGGCAUGAAUAUGUGCAGUACUUCUUCUCCUUCUUCCCCCGGCUUUCCACUCUCGCGACGGACUCGCUUCAAGACGACGAGAUUUCGCUUACCCAAGCUCAAGCCGCGCAACUCGUCUUCCUCAAUCUAGGCAGCGGAUACUCCACAGGCAGCGCGUCGAACACAAUCGAAACCUGGUAUGAGUCUCUCCAGCGGUUCGACUUCCCUGUAUUGCGGCGUAUAUCCGUCAUCUCCCCAAGUCUGUACCACCACUACACCACAAAUUAUGUCCCGCUGGCUGAACCAAGCAAACCAUUUCCGGCGUUGGAGGACAUCUUCGGCCCCUUGGUGUUUGUGGAGAAGUUUGCCGCUGCCGCCCCCAAGCUGUCUCGCGUGGCGGUGCAGAAUGCCCUAACGAAGUCUGUCAUCGCGCUCCGCUUCGUUGAAAGCCUGGCUGCACAUCCCCUCCGUAGGCUUGCGAUAAUCCUCACCACCUGGGACCCCGACGUUUUUGCUCGCAUUGCGGAGUUGCAUUCAGGACUAGAACGACUCGAAGUUCUGUACUACCAAGGAACUCCUUCAGAGAAAUUCAUGCGCGAAGUGGGUACAAUCCACCUCCCCAAGUUCUCUACAUCGGGCCUCAAAGUGCUCCAUCUAUAUGCACUACCGACGGCUCCGUCUGACUGCGAGGCGUACUUCAGCUCGCAGCGGUGGCACCCCGUGGAAGUACAAGACAGGCCGCGUCUAACCUUUGCCAAACUGCGCCGUUUUGUCGAGGCGUGGGGCGGGGCAGCUCCGACGCUGAAGCGCGUCCGACUGGGGCGGGAGCCGUGGAAGACCUGGGUCCGGGACGACAACUUCGACUGGGAGCAGCGGCGCGGGGAGCAGGUGUCCACUCGGGGAUGGGGGAGCGUGCGGCAGAUGGACAGGUAUUUGGCAAAUACCGCCAUGUUUGCACAUGGGUACUAA